AUGGCCGAUACCAAGGGCGGCGCAUUAGGCCAUUCACCAGGCUCGACGGGCAAACAAAACGGAGGCCGCCCACGAGUGAUUUCAUCCUGUUUAACAUGUCGACGAAGAAAAGUCAAAUGCGACCAUAUCCAUCCCGUCUGUGGCUCUUGUACUCGAGGCAACCAUGCUUGCACCUGGACGGAUCAGGCUCAGGCACCAACUGCUACUGGAAGGAUAUCAAAAUCUACCCUAGCGACCGGCGGAAAGGGCGGAAGAAGUAAUGAUGUUCAAGCCCGGCUGGAUCGACUCGAGUAUCUUUUGGAAAAGGCUGUCGCUGGACAGGGGACUAACUCGGUAUCGUCACUGCGCUCCAGCGCCGACUUUGAGAGAAAAGAGACGGACGCUUCAACCCCGUCAUCCAGCAGUCAGACUUCCCAGGGAGCCGGUAUUACUUCUGACAAUGGCGACGGGACACUUUUGCUGAAUGGUGGACAAUCCCAGUUUGUGUCAUCUUUGCAUUUUGCAUUGCUUGCUGACGAGAUUCAAGACAUCAAGGCUUUGUUAGGCGAUAAGACGGAUGAGGAGAGAAAAGAAGUUCCACAAAGCAGUUUAGUCGACCUACUUUCACUGGGCCGCGCGGGCGCAGGCUCCAACCUUGAAAGCCUACUACCUAGCACCCAAGAGCACCGCGAUAUCCUCUUGGACGUCUAUUUCGCCAACGUAGACCCUAUGGUAAGGAUCACGCAUAGACCGACAGUGAUGCGCAAAUUUUUCACAUAUAACCGUGAAGCACAUCCUAUUGCCUACGCCAUCUACUUCUCUGCUAUCAAUUCAUUGCCUCCUAAAAUUGUCCAGACCAAAUUUGGCGAAACCAAGGAAGCCCUUCUGGACAGAUUUCAACUGGGGGUCGAAAUCUCCCUCGCAAGAGAAAACUACCUGACAACAUCCGAUCUUGAAAUAUUCCAGGGCUUCGUACUAUGGUUGACGUGUAUCACAAGAGAGGAAGAUAUGGGAAAAGCAUGGGUGUUGAUCGGCAUAGCUUUUCGUAUCGCUCUGAAUCAGGGAUUACACCGAGAUCCAUCAUUGUUUCCCACAGGAUCAAUGGACGCCCUUACUAUUGAACAACGCCGCCGCAUGUGGCAUCAACUUGGACAUUUGGAAUUUCGUGCAGCUGAAUGCAAGGGUCAAGAGCCAAGCAUAACUGAAGAUUUUUACACAACGCUUUUCCCCCGGAAUAUCGAUGAUGAAGAACUUGUCGAUGGAGCGAGUCCGGGCGAAGCUCCAUACAACGAGCAAAAGUUCACAUCGAUGACGUUUCAGCUGGUCCGAUUCAACGGAAUGCGAGCGCUGAGGCGCAUAGUCCAAAGCACUUAUCGUUUAGAGCGGCGAAUGCUAGAUUCUGGCCUUCACGGAACCUCUCGGCCAGACCCUGCACAAGAGUUGCGGGAUCUUUAUGAUCAAAUCAAAGUCAUGCUCGAUGAAGUACACGAAGAGACUCAUCGGAAGUACUUGCAAUUCCUCAACCCGGAAAUACCAAUGGAACGAUUGACCUUGGGACUGGCUUCGCUACUCGAAUGGCGCGCUUACUUGUUUUUCUGGCUCCGUAUGCCGCGUGCGUACCGUGAUGACGUCUUUCCCGAUGCCAUUCGCAGAUCGAUAUUUGAAAAAUCUGUCAACUGUGUAGAGACAAUCAAUGGAGCAGCUGCGGAUGUUGACGCCGCUCGCUUCCAGUGGCACAUUGGCGCCAUUGCUUCGUUCCAAGCCAUCAUGCACAUUUUAUCUGAGCUACGCAACCCCCUUUUCGAUGCACCAGACCGGCAACGAGCCUUACGAGCGUUGCAAAUGUCGCGCAUUCUUCGAGCAAACAACAACGCCAAGGCAUGGCAGGCUGUCAAGAACAUGAUUGACAAGGCCGUGGCUGAGCACACCCUUUCACCUAGGUCCCAAACUCAACCCUUGAAUCCGUACAUGAGCCAGCCUACACCUGCGUCUGCGACUAUGCCCGUUUCUACAUCUACAUCCACGUCGACGUCUACGCCUACAUCUACGCCUACGCUUCCACUGGGUACUAUGCCAAAUAGCAACACAGGCCCAUACCAACCAAUAGCAGAAAUACCUGCUUAUGCUUAUCAACCCAGUUCCAUGACGUUCAAUCAACCAACACUACUACCGCAAUCUCAGCCGCUCCCCCAACCGCCACCAGUACAACCUCAACCUGACAUGAUGGAUUCGACAUCAAAUUUCCAAAAUCGCGCACCAGUCUGGGACGAUAUCAAUAUUAACAACAUUAACAACAUCGUUGGAGAUAUGCAACCAACUACCAACGUAAUCCCUGAAUUCGAUUUUGGUUUCUGGGGUGACCCCUUCAACUAUGAGAACGAGCCUGUUGCAAUGCCAAUGCAAGAUGGCUAUUUUUCCCAAUGGACAGCGGGUGUUUGAAC